AUGAUUUCUUCGUUGUGCUGGGUGCCUCAGGGAGCUCCUAAGGUCACGCCGGUGGUCACCGAGCCGCCCUCAAAAGAGGAAAUCGAGGAGAUUGUGAAGAGCGGAAUUCUAGAAAGAAGGUAUGACCUUUCGUCUUUCUUUCUCGCCCGGUGAUGAACUUUGAGAUAGGCAACGGUUCUCAUAACAGAAGGAUUGCCUAUCAUCAAUUCAGCGACCCUGGCGGCACGUGAUUUCUUUGACCUGCCCGUGAUUAAUUUAGUUUUUUCGACCGAAAUUGACAUCUUUUGGGAUUUUCUACCGAUUAUGCAGUGGAGAUAGUGAAGAUGAGGGAGACGAGGACAUGGAUGUUGACACGUCUAAGCAGUCUGAGGAAGCAGCCAAUGCGAUGGCUACUGCCAAGGCUCUUGGUCAGAAAAAGGGAAACACGAGCUCCAGUGGUUUUCAGGAUAUAACUGAUGCCCUCCACGAGCUAGACAUGGAACAUUAUGACGACGAAGGCGACGGUAUCUUCAUUCCUGUAGAUGGUUUUAUUUUAAUUUUUCUGUGGCUUUUUAUCAUAGUUUGCUUUAGAGUUUUUAACCAUUGUAACUGCCCUGCCAUUCUUCUUUGGUGUUUCAUCAGGCAUUGAACUGUUUGGCACGGGGCUUGGUGAUGCAUACUAUGCCAGUAACGAUAUGGACCCAUAUUUGAAGAACAAUGAGGUAUGUGAUUUGCUUUCUUGGCUAUGCUUUGUCAAUGCGAAGACGCCCAUUAAAUGCACGUUGGUUGUGGUCAGGAUGAUGAAGAUCAGGAUGAUGAAGAGGUCGAGGACAUCACCAUAAAGCAGACGGAUGCAGUCAUUGUAUGUGCACGUAAUGAAGACGAAGUUGGCCAUCUUGAGGUAAAUACUUGACAAAAAUUUUCAGUUUUGGAAAAUGCAUAAGGGAUCAUAAUUCGUUCUUGUUGCUUCGUAUCUUUUUCACAUAACUUUGGACUAGGUUCCUCAUGGUCGUGAGGCUAAUUUUACUUAUUCUGACCAUGGUUUAUGCUUUUUUGAUCGAAAAUCACGUGCAUUCCAUGUUUUAUUAUGUGAAUCAUCACUUCUCUCCAUUCAAAGGUAUCCUGUAUCAAUCUUGUUUAUCAGAUUUGACAAUGGGGUAUCUGAUCAGGGUCCCAAUCACAUCAUUACCUUUGAUCUGUGACAAAGUGUUAUCUGUUCACUUCAAUUUUGAAUUGCCUUGGUUUAGUUUCAUGAGGAGUUAUUUGGCACUUUUGUUUCUUCUCCUUACCUAAGAGAGUAUCAAUCUCCUCUUAACGUGCAAUCCAUGAUCCAUGAUUGGAAAUAUUUUAUUCUGCUACUGUAAGUCCUGCACCUUAUAAAGAUACUUCAUGCCUGGCUCUAUUCAUUGUACGUCUUCUUGGUCCUUAAUAUUGAAAAACAUUAAUCUUCUUUAACUCAAUCAUAUAUUCAUCUUCCUAGUGCUCAUCAAUCACCUAAGCGCCCGCCUGGAAUAUCCAUUAUCUCGUUAGUGUUAUUUUUGUAGUUUUUCUGAGAAAAAUUCCAGUGGCCUACCUUUAGGUCAUUUUGUUAUUUAGGAGGCUUCAACUUUUGUAGUUUUUCUUUUGUAAAUCUACAGUUAUGCUAACUAUUAAAGGAAAGCUCCCUGAUUACUCUUAUUUGUACCAUUUCAAUCGUUUUGUGUUGUGGACUCUUCUCUCUACUUUGCUGAACUUUCCUUUCCCUCCCCUUUUUUUCCCAAGUAUCUCGUGCUUCUUAAUGAUUCCCCAUCAAGAUAAUGUUUUAUAUGUUUCAUGUUUAAUUUUUAUCGUAUUUUCAUUUCGGCAGCAUGCUGUCUUUUUUUUAGAUGAGGAUGGGUGCGCCAACAUUUCAUGUUUUUUCUUGCCUCUCUUUAUACUGUGCUGUUGACAUCUUCAGUUCGUCAACCUAUGACAGGUUUGGGUGUAUGAAGAAGUAGAGGAUGAGCCAAACAUGUAUGUUCAUCAUGAUAUCAUUCUUCCAGCUUUUCCUCUGUGCACAGCUUGGCUAGAUUGUAACCCUAAAAGUGGCGAUAAAGGUGAAUGAUGGAUGCAGACCUCCUUUAUUGAAAACUUGUGUUUUAGCUUAUGUUUAUUGCUUUGCAUACCUCCUUCAUUUUCCUUGUUUCUAAAUGAAGAAUUCCAUUCGUCUUCCCCAUUCUUAAUAUAUGCCAGGACAUGUCAUUGUUUUCUCCUUUAGGUAACAGCAUUGAAUCCCAGUUGAGUCGCUAUUCAAUUCAACUUUGAUGGAUUGCCUACUUCUUGAGUAGAUCUCUAUCACAGCUAAAUUUCUUGUUUAGAAUGAAAAAUUCGGUCAUCAUUUUGUCAUUGUACUGGGUGUUGUUUGUCAUGUCCCUAAAACGUCUUACUGGUUUAAUGAGGAAGAAAUUGGAAGUAGUAAUAAUAUCUGGUAUGCAAUUUAGUCCUGCUUUUUUAUACUUUAGGAGAAACAGGUGUAAUAUGAUUUUUUAUUUCUGGGCAAAAUUAGUAAAAUCUCUCUUAAUUAGUGUUGUGUUAUUUUUCAAGUGUUUUGUAAUUCGAUUAUUGAGUUUUUGGCGAUAUUAAUUUACGAGGGAGAGUGUUAGAAACUUUGAGUUUUGGAUCUUUCCAAUCUUCUUAGCAUCAUGUUCGUAACAAGUAUCAGAUAACUUUAAAUUACGCUAAAAUCUUCUUCCCCUCAUUUUCUUUUUGUAAUAAUAACUUCGUUUAGGCUCUUUCAAAGUUACAAAAGUGAAAUCAAUUCCGUGAGUGAUUAAAUUUUCUAUUUGUGAUGCCAUUUAGAAUUUUUUUUUAAGGAAACUAUUUUUUAUCUACUGAAGUGGUGUUCUCAAAGCCAUAGUGAAAGCAUUCUGCCAUUCUAGUAUCCUUUCACCAUGAUGUCAGGUAAAAUAGCCUUUCAUAGUGUUCUAUUUUAGAUUAAGACAUCCUGAUUGUAGCAGUGCCCAAGAAACGACAAAAAGGCAUCAUUAAUACAAUUGCCUAGGGGUAAGAUGAUGGGCUAUUUCCCUAGAUAGUUUUGGAAAUAUAGGGUCUAUCCAAAUCUUAGCUGUUUUUCUUGUAUCUCGUCGGUUUCUCUCUCAUGGAUGCAUUCACUAUCCCUGAGAGUAGAGAAUAUGUUUUGCAGACUCUGUUAGCUUCUUGUGUAGCUUUUUUUGCAUUAGAUGGGUGAAUUUUUCCAUUCCUUCUUGGCGUGUAUAGGAAAUUUCAUGGCUGUCGGCUCAAUGGAGGCUGGGAUUGAAAUUUGGGACCUUGAUCUUGUAUGUUGUCUAUACCUUGAUAUGCUGAUUCGGAUUUCCUUGGUUUUAGCAGCUCAUAGCCUUGAAUAAUUUUUUUUCUACAUUUUUGGUUUUCUUUUCUAACAGCUUGACGAGGUCCAGCCAUGUGUUAUAUUGGGGGGGACCAUUGAGAAGAGAAAAGGAAAAAAGGUUUGUCAACAUGCUUAUGUUUCUCCUUCAUUCAUACUGACGAUUUUACUUACAAUUCUGACACCAUGCCCCACUUGUGCUCAAAUUUCUUCUUGAUGUUAACUACACUGUAGACACGUUUUUCCUAAAUUAUUUUGAACUUCAUCUAAUUUUCAAUUUUAAAUCCACAAAAGCAACUUCUGAAAAGGAUUAUUCUUAGAAAUGAAUUGCCAAUCAAUUUGGAUUCAUAUGCUUGGUCAAUAUGUUUGGGGCACCAGAGAAUGCAACUUGACUAGGGAAUGUUUCGUUUUGUUGUAUCACAGAAGAAUGAUUUCCCAAGUGAUCGAUUUUCUUCUGUACUCAUCUGAUGAUUAAUUAUUUAAUUGGUAGUCGUUUUGUAGUUUAUUCAUUAAAAAUAUGCAGCAACUAAAAAAUCGUGUUGUGGAAUCAACUUAUUUGGAAGGAAGGUGGUCGUUUCCAAUCAGAAGUCAUGGGAUUUCUUAAAACCCUCGUUUUAAAUUCAAAAACCUCAUAGUACCAGUGCCAACAACCUCUUAUGUGCGUGUCUCACUUCCCAUCAUUGCGAGUUGUCUACCUUGUCAUCGUGAAGGCAUCCUUCAUAUGCCUUCAUUUCUUAGCAACUUUGAAAAGUUGGCAUUGUCAUCAUAAGCCAUAUUACAAGUGGUUAUAUAUAGCACUUGGCUCUCAUAUUGUUAUUCCACUUUGUUAUAUAGAAUAUUUCUCUUCAUUUUUUAGCUACUUUGAAAAGGUAUCUUCAUCAUCAUCGUUCAGAUUAUAAGUGGUUGUACGUAGCACAUGACUUACAAACUCUUAUCCCACUUUAUUCUAUAGUAUAUUUUAAAGUGUACUCGAUUUUAUCUUUUGUUUCUUUUGUCCAUACAAUUCCAUAUAGCCUAAAACUUCCCUUUCCAUAUCGUGUGCAUAUCUCUUUGUUGGACUCAAGACUAUUUUUGCACUUGUCCAUAUGACCUUAAAUUGACUUUCAUGCCCUUAAUCCCAAUUGUUUUGAUUGAUUUUUUUAUAUAUGGCAAUGCACCUUAAAUUUUGCCUUUAGAUGGAUCAUACUUGUUGAUAUUUCUUUGGAUAAUAGGACCACAAUCUGCUCCAAACAACAUAACCAUAUACUCAGUGUUUUGUGGAAAUUGCCUUUUAAAUUUUAUAAAAGUUAUGAUCUUACAAUGCUACUAUAGCUCUCUUCCUUUUGAGAUGGCAUCUGUGUUAAUAUCCUUUGUUUAGAUACACUCAAGGUGGUUUUUUAGGGUAACUUUUGAUUUUUUGUAUUCUUUCUCAUUGUCGUUUGACUAGUUCUGUAUACCUACUUUUGUUUGAUCCCACUAAUAUUAAAAUCUUUAUUUGGAGGCGUUCUUUGAUUCUCAAUUUGUAGGCAUAAGUUUUUUCUGUUAAUUGGUAUCAUUGUUGGGGCAUUCUUGAGCCACAUUUUUUUCGGUGCCAUGCUUGUAUUUGUUUAUCCCAGAUGAUCUCCAUCUUGGUCAUUUUAUUCUUAAAUUUGUAUACUAUACUUAACUGAUUGUUUAAAUGUUAUAAUUGGUUGCUAAACUUCUAAUGUCAUGAUCAUAACUGGAUUUCAAACAAGACCUGAACAAAAACGAAAAGCAGUUCUCAAAGCAGGUUGAAUUCAUUCUAUAAUUUCAACUCUUCAGUAAAUGGUGAUUGAGAUUGUUGCCUUGGGAGACAGACAAGUGAAGUAGCUAUCUUGUUUGCUGGUUGUGUUAAAGUGAUAAAUGUAUGUCAGCCUUAUGUUUCCUUGAAAAAUCAGUUAAGCAUUGACAAUUGCUGGAAAUAAAUUUCUUACCGCCUUUAUUGAGCUCAUGAAUUUCUUGAAAACUUUGUUGCCAAACAAUGCCAUACUUAAUUAUGCAUUUAGCUUUACAAUCCGCUAUUUUGGUGACACAGUCGUUUCACAAAUCACAGUUCUUCCUUAAACCUCAUUUUAUAUUUCUAAAGCUAUAGAACUUGGAGAUCCCAUUGAGAGAUUUUCCCUUGACCUUUUUUUGACUAACAGUCAUCAGUCAAAUACAAGAAAGGAAGUCAUAGAGAUUCUGUCCUUGGUCUUUCAUGGAACAAGGAGGUUAGGUAGGAACAUUUUUUAAUACAUAAUACUUUUCGGUAGUUUCCUUUUUAAUUUUCUUAAUUUCUGCUUACGUGCUUGUAACACUCAAAUGUCCAGGAACGUUUUAGCUAGUGCAAGUGCUGACACUUUUGUAAAAGUCUGGGAUGUUGUUACUACACAAUGUGCUCUCACUUUACAACAUCACUCGGAUAAGGUUAAUAUUACAUUUUUUCUGUUAAUGUUGCUGAUUUUAGUUCCAAUGUUUCUUCUGUGGGCAAAUUGUGUAGGUUGUCUUUGGAUAAAUCAUGUACAUAGUGUCUUUAUCAUCUUGGUUUCUUUGAAAAUGUUAAUUUUUUUUAGUAUAUUCAUAAAUAGCCCUGUUUGAAAAAUGAUGUCCCUAACCCCUAACUCACAAAACGUAGACUAAAAAACUCUUUGAUUUUUCAGCUCCUGCAUUAUGUGACGAUUUGUUCAUGUCAACAUUAGACUUGGUCAUAGGACUUAUCAGCAAAACCGUAUCUUACGUAGAAGAGACGCAUUAUAGAAACUAAAACAAUUAUAUUAGCCCUUUAUAAAUAACUUUGCAGAAUUGCAAUCCCAGGUCAGAUCAGCUCAAGAUCCUGGGAUCCUCAUGCAAAAUGUAAAUCUAACUAAUUACCGCAAACAUAUUUUUAUGUCAUUGAGGAAUGUCAGGGAUCGAAAGACUUUCCAUUUACUGACGGAACUUCUAAAAAAUUACUCAAUAAUUUGGUUAUUCUCUGCAUGAUUUUACCAAUUGUUGACGUUAGACAUGCCGAUGGUUGUCCCUCAAAGCUUUGGGGUAAAAAUGUCUGACAAAAGCAUCUCUUGUAGAAACAGAAAAUUCUGUUUGAUACGUGAUUUUGUUUCUAUAAUGGAGAACGUGUUCUAGAUAUAUUGAUGUAUAUAGCGAUGAGUCUAUUUUUCGUUGUUAAAUCUAUGUAAAUUACUGUUCAUAUCUUUUUGUCAAAUUUUAAGGUUUCUAUUUUUUUACUAUAUGAAGCACUAAUAGUCCAUACAUUGUAUCUAGCAAUUUUUGGAGAAAAUCAUCAUGUCGUCAAACAUGUAGAAUCGGAAAACAUGUGAAUUGGUUUUAAUAAGAAGUAUGAAUAAAAAUUUAGUACUUUCCUGAACUUAUUGGGAUAAAGAAGGAACGUUUGCAUUUAUGUCUCAUCUAGAGACUAACAAUCCUAUUUCUUUCUGUCAAAGUGCAUGAAAGUCAGUUGACUCACAGAGAAUAAUAUUUUUUUUCUCCGAACCUAUAUAUGUUUCUUUUCCCUGUUGCAGGUUCAAGCUGUUGAAUGGAGUCGUCAUUCCCCCGAAAUUCUUCUGAGUGGAUCGUUUGAUCAAUCGGUUGUCAUGGUAAGACUCAUUAGCAUUUCCAUCCUUUUUUAUUGAAUUGUAUUUGCAGUUUCACGUAGGUUUUCUCUUAAGAUCCAUUCGUGCGAUAUCUCGGCAAACUGCUUAAUUUUAUAUACAAAGGAAACAUGAGUCUUAGAAUCUCAUGAUAUCUUGACCGUAUGAUUGGGAUUUUGCUUUUUGUACUUUAAUCCCCAAUGAAAAUUUGAGUACUUGGUCUUUCGUAUGUGCAAACAGCUCCAUUUCACUUUUAUAGAGCAUCAACCAGCCCAAUCUCCUUGUCGAUGGAGGGAGGGGGGGAGAUUGGGCUGGUUGAUGCUUUCAAUAAAGAAGUCAGAUGAAAUGAGAAGAAAAGUUCAGCAACUACAGUAAUAGUGCUCUUAUAAGAUUUUUAGCUUAUGACUUGGAGGGAGGGAAGAUUAGCCUUGGUUGAUGCUCGCAUUAAAGAAGUCAAAUGAAAAUGCGAAGAAAAGUCUAAGCACUACAAUAAUAAUGCUCUUCUAAGAUUUUUAGCUUAUGACCUGGUUGAAAGUCGUACUCUCCCUCGAAACUGUAAAAAAAUUAUGACUGAGCGUAGCCUGUUUAAUGAAAAAGGAACCGUUUUACUAAUAAGCAUAUGGCUUCUGCUUUUAAGCAGUGAAUAACCAAGUGAAGAUUGUUGCGCUUAAGUUUGACUUUAUCACAGGAGCUAUUAAAAUAUGAAAUAAGCUGAACGUUGUCAUCGUUAGCACUCGAAUGCGUUAUCCCCAGAAUAUACGUUUUAUUUGGAGUUAGAACACCAAACGCCAAAAAUUGGACAUUUUUCUCUGGUUGGCAGUCAGAAACCAAUCAACACUAUUUUAUUGCGAUGUGAGAAAUCUUCCAAAUGCCAUUUGUUGGGUUUGGGAGGACUGCCUUUCGAGAAAUGGCAAUAUAUAUCGUUCAUAGAUGUUGCUGUCUAGUCUUGACUACUGAGACAUGCUAUAUAGUGGUGAUUUCUGGACGAAUAUUGUGAGGUGAUGACAUGAUACGGUAAGUUAAAGAGAUGAACUGAUCUUAAUGCAAUGAAGGAUAAGCAGCGAUAACUGGGAAUAUAAGAAUGAGAAGAAAGAUAUCUGUAGGAGAUUAAAGGAAGAGGUCAGUCCUUCGUCCCUAGAGAGCUCGAGAUAGACCAUAUUUUCGUUGUGGAAGUUCAAUUAUUUUUAUUUUGUAAGAUAUUUCAAAUCAGGGCUCAUCAUUCCCAAGUCAGCCCAUUACACAGAUAUAUCAUCUGGAAGGGGAGCACCGAUGAGCACAAAUCUUUAACAAUAUGAGAAGAAGAAAAAAAAAAGGUGUACAUUUAAGGUCAAGGAAAGAGGCUGGUUCUGAGAUUUCAGAUAGGCCAGGAUAUACCUUAUUCUCCAAUUAAUGUUCAAUUCGUUCGGUAAUCAGAGAGAUUUAAGUUCCCAUCUGUCAUGGCCAUCCUAAGUUCUCAGGUCCGCUUUUAAUCUGGUGGAUGUGACUUAUGUAGUCGUUGCCACUUUUUCUAAUGACAGAUUGAACAUCAAAAAGCUGUGAGUUUGCGAUUCUGUUCCAUAUGAUUGCAAUUGCUUUCUUUUUUGCAUUUUGUUCUCUUUGGUCACAUCCUGUUCAUUUAUACGGUUUUACCUCGGUUACUUUUAUCGUUCAGAUGUUCAUUUUAUCAAUCAUUAUAAUUUGCAAAAAGUGUAUAGUGUAAUGCAUCAUUCAAUGUAUUCAUGCCGAUCGCACUCAUAGUGUACAGUAAUGUAGUCUAAAAUCUUGUAUAAUUUCAUAAUUUGGGACUCGUCAUGCACUUGCUAAUAUUUUGUUAAAAACUCUUGUAGGCUGACAUGAAGUGCAGAGAACGUCCUGCUAGUAAAUGGUCUGUUUCAGCUCAGGUGGAGAGCAUUAAAUGGGAUCCCCACGACGAACAUUAUUUUGUGGUCAGUUGUCCAAAACUGUAAAGCUCCAAAAAUGCUCAAUUCUGAAGAUGUUGUUCUGCCGGAAAAUGGAAAUUUUGCUGUUGGGUUUCGCUUUAGCCUCUCUCUCUCUCUGUCUUACGACCCAUGCGAAGUACUCUUUCAUAACACCUGCUGUUCUUGCUCGGUGUUGAUGCUGCCAGGUCAGUCUUGAAGAUGGUACAGUUCAAGGCUUUGACAUCCGUGCCGCCAGCAGUGGUCAAGAUGCGGGCUCUUCUAAUUCAUGCUUCACCCUUCACGCACACGACAAAGCCGUUUGCUCUGUUUCCUACCAUCCGUCCGCACCUAAUGUAUGUAUGGUGGCAACUCUUGAACUACUACUGCUACUCUUGACUAGCACUUACCUUUAACUUUCUUUUUUUUGGGGGGUGGGGGGCAUGGGUGUCUGUGUGUAGCUGCUGGCUACUGGGUCGAUGGAUAAAAUGGUACGUGCUCUUGUAAUGGUUUCAGUAUUAUUGUUAUUAUUAUUAUUGUCAAUUUUUGAUUGGCCGUCGCUUUUUGCCCCUCCUUAUUCCUGAUAAUGUGAUUGCUAUGAUGUUGUGGCCUCCCACCAGGUGAAGCUCUGGGAUUUAUCCAACAACCAACCUUCAUGUGUGACGUCUAAGAACCCUAAAGCUGUAAGUCUGGUCCUCUCACUCUUGAAUGCUUUUUUUUCUUUUCUUAAUCCGACUUUGGGCCAAAGAAGAGAGGAGUUGAAUGCUUCUUUUACUCUUAUGAAAUUGUGUAAUGAGGCUUGGUUUAUUCAUGAAGCGGGAGGGACUUGCUGAAUGUUUUUUUGCUACUUAGUACCGUUUUCUUAUCUAUUUUUUAAUUCUGGACUGCAAUCAGGGGGCCAUCUUCUCCAUCAGCUUCUCAGAUGAUAGCCCGUUCUCACUGGCGAUCGGAGGUUCCAAGGGGAAACUGAAGGUGCGCGCUCAGGCGCUGCCUGCGUGUUUUCCCCACGUCAAGCUCCGCCAGCUAUUAUUCAUUAUCAUCAUCAUCGAUAACAACACCCUCGCUGAUGGUCCUCUGCGAAUCCUCGCAGGUCUGGGACACCCUGUCGGACGCAUCCAUUGCAAACAGGUACAGCAAAUUCAGCCGAAAGAAGCCGACCCUCACGAGCAGCAGCGAAGAGCAGCAGCGACUGCAGGAGCCACAGAGGGUUGGCUCCCAGUAA